CGCCAUCUCUGCCCGAGCCUCUUUCUCUCUCGUGAUCUCCGCCGGACAAGAACCACCAACAUGGGCAAGGCUCUGGACCCUAUCAGCUUCCUGAAGGACUUUCUGGCCGGAGGCAUCGCCGCCGCCAUCUCCAAGACGGCCGUGGCGCCCAUAGAGCGCGUCAAGCUGCUCCUACAGGUCCAGGCCGCCUCCAAACAGAUCAGCGCCGAGAAUGCCUACAAGGGCAUGGUAGACUGUUUUGUGCGUAUCCCUAAAGAACAGGGAGUGCUUGCCUACUGGCGCGGUAACCUUGCCAACGUUAUUCGUUAUUUCCCCACUCAGGCCCUCAACUUUGCUUUCAAGGACAAAUACAAACAGAUUUUCCUUGGCGGUGUUGACAAGAAGAAGCAGUUCUGGAGGUUCUUCCUCGGUAAUCUUGCCUCUGGUGGUGCUGCCGGUGCCACCUCCCUCUGCUUUGUCUACCCUCUUGACUUCGCGCGAACCAGGUUGGCUGCCGACAUUGGCAAGGGCCCUGAACAGCGUGAAUUCAAGGGGUUGGGCGACUGCCUCGUGAAGAUCUUCAAAGCAGAUGGCCUCAUUGGUCUUUACAGAGGGUUCGGCGUAUCGGUACAAGGCAUCAUUAUUUACCGUGCUGCCUUCUUCGGCUUCUACGACACCGCUAAGGGCAUGCUUCCGGAGAAGAGUGGUGGCAUUUUCAUCUCUUGGGUGAUUGCUCAGACUGUAACUACGAUCUCUGGCAUUAUUUCGUAUCCAUUUGACACCGUGCGUAGGCGCAUGAUGAUGCAGUCUGGCCGCAAAGGAGGCGAUAUCAUGUACAAGAACACAAUCGAUUGCUGGAAGAAGAUUGCAAAGAAUGAAGGGUCUGCUGCCUUCUUCAAGGGUGCAUUCUCAAACGUCCUUCGUGGUACAGGUGGUGCCCUCGUGCUGGUGAUGUACGACGAGAUCCAGCUGCUGCUCUUCGGUACAAAGUCUGGCGGUGGAGAGUAAAAAUUUCAUCUAUUAUACCAAAUUGUCGAUCUGCUCGAGCAAGCAACAGCCGGGAGGGAUGGGCAGGCAGGUGUUGCGGACGGGUCGUGGGCCAAGCAUGUACAAAUCACUGUCAAGGCCCGUUACCUAUCCUCAUAUCAUAGUUCCAUGAACUGUACUUGCCUGUCCAGGAAAGAAAAGAUCUAAAAGAGGCCCUUGUUCAUAUUUCAUUUUUUAAAAGCCCCUUGAAUGGGGGGUUUUGGAAUAUAGUUUGUACAGAAUCACUUAUCAAUGCAUAAGCCCCAUCGUCAUAACUUUUCAAUGGCAAAACCAUUCCUGUAAUAAAUUAUCAUAAGUUAAAUAAAAAUUGUAAAUUUA